UAGAGAAAGUGGAGCACUUCUAUCCAUUUCAAGGGACAUGAAGUCUGAGAUUCUGCUCAAACUUGUUGAAAAAAUAUAUUCAUUCAUGACCUACCCUACACUUGAACAUUUUGGAUGUGUAGCCAAGGCACUCGUUGAAAAACACCCUUGCCUUACAGAACCUGGCUCCACAUGUGGAUGGUAUGGAUGGAAACACAGCAUAAAGUUCAAGAUGGGCAAUUACAGACAGAAAUUGAAAAAUUUGGGCUGCCGAGAACUGGAGGUUAAUUCUGAGAAAAGAGGUGCUGGGGACACACGAGGGAAGAGAAACAAAGUGAAGAAACCUCGACGGUCUGAAACAAAUUUUCUUCCAGAUCUCCCCCAGGGAAGAGACAGCCGAAGUCUUGAAGAAGAUAGAGAAAAGAUGGUCCAGGAGAUGAGAAAAACAACCCCAAACCUGGCCUACAUUGAUGAUGCAAUGAAUGCCACAUACGCACUGAGAAGACAGGAGAUCGUUGAAGAGGAGCCACCUGUGGCCGAAAUGAGAGUCAGAUGGCCAGCCCUUUUUACUGAAAGACAGAUCAUCAAGGAAUUCACCAGACUCAUGUCAAUGGACAUCAAUAAGUUCUAUGAGGGUCUGGACAGCCAUCUGCAUAAACUUCUUCAGUUAUUCCGGUUGAAGCGCUUCGAGGAAGUUCAAGAAAUGACAUCCUUAAUGGAGAGUCUCGACAAGGAUGCAUCAAACCAAAGGAAGAGAGCAGCAGCUUUGCAGGGGCUGCCAUGGUACGUGAAGGAAAAUCCUUCUACAUUGAUGAAGAGAUGUGAGCCAACAGAUCCUGGAGAGGACGUCAUCAAGGGAAUGGUGAUUGGAAUCCUUUUGGUCGUUGAAGAUGUGAAGGAGCCCCUUCCAGUUUCCUACAACGAUGUUGCCAUCGUCAUUGAGGAAAAGAUUGUCAUGCGUCAUCUUAGUGAUGUACCCAACGCUUUUGUGAACCUGAUGGGCCUGCUGUACAUGCUGAACCUUGACUAUCCAAAAGACACAAAAUAUACUUUUGAGGUGAUUCAGCGCCUGUUCAUGGGAAUCGGGUCUGAGAUGUGCACUCCCAGGGUCCACUCUUUAAAGAAUAAACUGCUCAGUUAGAG